AAUCACCUUUUUUGUGAUCUUAACGUGGGCGGAGCCGCUGAACUAAACCAUUAGGACAUUAAUGUCAGAGUUCAGCCGUGGUGUGCAUACUGUCUUACUGGUUUUUUAUUUUUUGAUAAUAAAGAAAUGUAGGAUUGACCUGCAGUGUGUUGUUUAUAAAUUCUUGCAUAUUCUGGUUUUGCAUCACAUCUUUAACUAACAGUCGUACGUCCCUGGUGUUAAAGUUAAAUUUAUGGUUUCCUGUCUUUCACGUCACUUUUCUGCCCUCCUUCAGAGUUCUUGUGUAAUUUGACGUGUGUGGUUUCCUAAAGUGAAGCACAGUGGAGGAUUCUCAGAGACAUAAAUACUCUGAUGAGUCAGAAGUCGCCACAUUAAACCGCCAACAUCUGUGGACAGAACUGUUUCAGUCAGCUAACAGAUUACCCUCAUCAGAAAAAAGGGGAAGUUAAAAAGAAGAAGUGAGAAAUUUCCUGAAUCUCUGAACCCUUCUGGUGUGGUCAUUAAGGUUUUUCCUUCAACCACCAAACCCACAACGCUUUGUCAGAGAAGAAGUCUUUAAAAUGCUGAAUGGAAGUUUGAUGACCCCGGCCCCCUCUGGUGGUGGGGGUGCUGGUGGUAGAGGUGGGGGCUGCCCACCUGUCGGGAUCCAGCUGGAGGGUUUGAUCCUCCCCCCGGUCCUCACCAUCGACGUCAUACUUGGGCUGCUGGGAAACAUCGUGGCCCUGUGGAUCUUCUGCUUCAAACUGAAGUCGUGGAACCCAAACGCCUUGUUCCUCUUCAACCUGGUCAUCGCUGACUUCUUCGCCCUGGUGAGUCUGCCGCUGAGGAUCGACGCCUUGCUCAGAGGCCACUGGGUGUUCGGAGAUGGAAUGUGCCGGAUCAACCUCUUCCUGAUGUUUUCAAACCGCUCAGCCAGCAUCGCGCUCAUGACUGUGGUGGCGAUUUACCGCUACUUCAAGGUGGUCCACCCUCACCACCGCUUCAACCGUAUGACGAAGCGUCAGGCUGCCUUCGUGUCCGUGUUCGUGUGGAUGCUGGUCAUCAGUCCUCGGGUCCCCAUGCUGGCCUACAACCACAUCAAGGGCAGCGGUAACAAAACGCAGUGCUUCUUCUUCACCUCGUACAAAGAGGCGUCGCGGGCCAUCAUCAUCCUGGUUGCCAUGCACCGCAUCCUGACCGUACUGGAGUUCAUCAUCCCGCUCGCCAUGCUUAUCUUCUGCUCCGCCCGGAUCUCCUGCUUCCUUCGCAAGCGACAGAUGGGAAAGCCGGGCAAGGUGCGGAAGGCGAUGCGAAUGUGCGGCGCCAUUGUGGUGGUGUUCAUGGUGUGCUUCCUGCCCACCACGGUAACCACCAUCGGGGUGUGGGUCAUCCGCUCGUACCGGCCGUGGGACUGCGCCUCCUUCUACACCUUCACCCAGCUCACCAUCGUGUCCCUGGGGCUGAACUUCCUCAACUCGGCCCUGGACCCCAUCGUCUACGUCUUCUCCAGCUCCAUGUUCAGGAAGGCCCUCGUCGGUGCGCUGCCUCGUGCUUUACGCUGCAAGGCCGACGACGGCGACAGCAAGAACGCCGCAUCCUCCUCAGGAAGUCAGUCGACCACCCAGAUGGAACUGAAAUCCAUGAGAGCGGACAGAGAGAGUGAAGCCUCGUAACAGACUCAAACUCAUGACUUUUGGAGCAUUUUCACUCAGUUCUGUCUGAUUUUUGUCCAUCUUUACACUUUAAGGGCAGACUGACCAUUACACCAACAGGGACUGCAACGACAGUCAAAUCCAUACUUCAAUAGGGAGCUCAGCAGCUCUAACAGCCUCCUCUCUUCUUGGAAGACUUUUCACAAGAUUUGGAAACAUUUCCAUGUGCAUUUGUGACCAUUCAUUCUAUAGAGCAGGGGUCACUAACUGACGGACCAGGGUCCGGGUCCAGACCCGGAAGCCAUCUGAUACGGACCUGGACCCGGACCUACAAUCAUUAGAUUAAAAAGGAAUUUUAAAUUUGACAGGGCGCUUCUAUUUUAACUGGCACAACCAUUCUAGGAUUUACGGUACUGGUUUUUCAAAACAGGAAAUGCACAGACCAAUUGCAUGCGAGCUAAGCCAUUUCACGUGACGCCACUCGGCCAAUGAACUGUCUGCAUUCCAGGCGGUAAACACUGAACCACUGCAUUCAUACGAGGACCAGACAAGAGGAAGACAGAAAGAGAAAAGAAAGAAAGAAAGAAUGAAUAAAGAAAGAAAAUCAUUUUUUGUGUGUAAAGAUUUGUUGAGUUUAUUAUAUUGUUAAGUUGGUUGAGACAGUUAAAGCACUUUAUUUUAUUUAUUAUUUUAAGAAUUUAUGGCCAAAUAAAUGUUGUGAAUUAGCUUUAAAAUGACAAUCUAAUUACACUUUCCACUUUGACUUCUGUUGUGUGUUGCUUUGUUUAAAUAAAAAUGUGUUUCAAAUAAAAUUA